AGUAAGACGCCUAUUUCUAAGUUUCAAUUUUCACAGACCUAAAAAUUCUCUGGUUUUGGCACUUGUGGUGGUGGUUCAGACAUGGAAUCGAAGACGAAGAAGUGUUCCGAUUCAGCAGAGAAACGCGAUGAUUUGAAUUCAAAAUCAACGGAGGAGGAGGAGAAGAAGAAGCAGCAAAAGGGGAUGAAGAUUGAAGGGUACCAAAUAGAGGGUUUGUCGAUUGCUGGGCAUGAAACGUGCGUAAUCCUCCCAACGCUCAAUUUAGCAUUCGACAUCGGCAAAUGCCCCCAACGCGCCAUUUCCCAGCAGUUCCUCUUCAUCUCUCACGGUCACAUGGAUCACAUUGGAGGAUUGCCCAUGUAUGUUGCAACUCGUGGCUUGUAUAGAAUGACGCCCCCUACUAUUUUUGUACCAACAGCUAUAAAAGAAAGUGUAGAAAAACUCUUUGAGGUGCACAGGGCAAUGGACCAAUCAGAGCUGAAGCAUCAGCUAAUUGGCUUGAAUGUGGGAGAAGAAUUUUAUUUAAGAAAGGACCUUAAAGUAAGAGCAUUUAGGACCUAUCAUGUCAUACCAAGCCAGGGUUAUAUAAUUUACUCCAUCAGACAUAAACUUAAGCAGGAGUAUAUUGGUCUUCCAGGGAAUGAGAUUAAGAGCUUGAAGUCAUCAGGUGUGGAGAUUACAUACCCUAUUACCUCGCCUGAAAUUGCUUUUACGGGAGACACCAUGUCCGACUUCAUCACUGAUGAUUCUAAUACUGAUGUUUUGAAAGCAAAGAUUCUUAUUAUGGAGGUACAACACGUGAAAUGUUACUAAUUCUUUGUUAUUUGCCUCUCUACCUCUGGUAUUCUCUUUUUUAAUACAGAAACAAUUUACUUACAUCUUAGUAACAUGGACACAAUAGAGUAGAAUAAAACAAAGUAGGAACUUCAGCCAAGCACAUAGUUACCUUAUAAAUGUGUACAUCUUUGUGAUUUUUGUUCUGGAACACAAGUUCGAGGGCACCUUACAGUUUAAAAUUUGAAAACUAAAUUUACUUUUUUCUUUAUAACAGGUAAGUAACAAUGAAUUAAAAUCUAACAAAAUUGUUCUUUCUAAAGGAAAAGAUUUAAGUAGAAUGCCCUAACAAUGUGUUCUAUGUAACAGAGGAUGGUGUGAACCACUUAUUGUGUUUGGUUGACUAAUAAAGGAAAAGAAAGAAAAGUAUGGUAAUCAUGUUUGGGGAAGUAAAGGAAAGGAAAAUAUUUUAAUGAAUUUACCACCAUACCCUUUUCCAUUGAUUUUAACUAUUAUAAAAAUAAGGGCAAAAUUGGAAGGAUAACAAAAACAACUCAUCAAGCUUUAAUAUAUCCCUCCAAACCCUCCAAAUCCUUCCAUUCCCUUUCUUUUCCUUCCAAAGUUUUAAUACCAAACACAAAUAACCAUGUCCCUCCAAUUUCUUUCUUUUCUUUUCCUUCCAUUUCUUUCCAACCAAACUGGCCUAAGUUUAUGUUUUACCAUAACUAAUUUUAAUAUCACAAAUUAAAAAAUAAAAAAUAAAAACGGAGAACUUGUAUGUUUUGAGAAAAGUACAUAUCAUUCAUCAUCACUUGUUAAAAGAAAAUCACUCUCAUUUGUAAGUACCUUAACGCUUUCAACUAUGCGAUUUAAUAAAUGUAUCCCUACCUUACUACAUGUUUGAAUAUGUGGCUUAACACUUGCUUGUACUCAGUCCAUAAACCAAAACAAUGUGUUCUAUGUAACAGAGGUUAGCAAUUGACAACAUGCAAAGUGUUCUUGGAUUUAGGACCUUUCUGUUUGCUAAAUUUAUGAUUUGUGGUAAUUUUGAUCUAAUAUUUUGGCAUUUAAUUUUUUUUUUUUUUCACUUGUGUUCUUCAAAUAUCAUGCCCCAUGGCAGUGGUGAUUGUGGAAG